AUGGCUCCCACCAGCCCAUCCCCUGUCACAAAAAGCGAGAUGGAUUCGUUCUUCUCCGACAUUUCGCUCCGUGCCCCUGCUCCAGCUCAAUCCAGCCACGAGACCGAGAAAGGUCCCUUCUACUACUAUGCCAAGGAAAUGAAAAGCUUGGUACAAAGGAUUCAGGACCUGCGUCAUUUAGGCAUCGAGGACAGCAGAAUUGUUCUUCCCAAGAUCUGUGUUGUCGGUGACCAGAGCGCGGGAAAGAGCUCCCUCAUCGAGGGAAUCUCUGAGAUUAAGGUUCCCCGCGAUACUGGAACUUGUACUCGGUGUCCCAUGGAAAUCAACCUUUCUGACAGUGAUACUCCCUGGAAAUGUGUGGUGCACAUUGCAAAAAGGUACAUGCACGUCCCGGACGACAAGGACCGGAAGACAAAGUUCCCCAGCAAAGAAAAUCCUCUAGGACCAUGGAAAUUUGACUCCAGUGGUGGAGAGGACGAGCAUUUUAAGACUCUGUUCAACAAAUCUGAAGUGAAACAGGCAAUCUGGUGGGCACAGCUUGCUGUGCUGAACCCCCAGAUGCACUGUCAGGAAUUCGUCCCGGGAAACAAGCGAACCACAGAGCAGACGGCACUGGUGAAGUUCUCACCAAACGCCGUACGUCUGGACAUUUCUGGACCCGGCCUACCAAAUCUUUCCUUCUAUGAUCUGCCUGGUGUCAUCAGCCAGACGGAGCAAGAUGGGGAGAAGUACCUCGUGCGCCUAGUUGAAAAUCUUGUCAAGAGUUACGUCUCACAAAGGCACUGUAUUGUAAUUCUUACAAUGCCAAUGACAGACGAUGCGACGAACUCAAGUGCCGCUCGUAUCAUUCGUGAUAUCCCAGGGGCCAAGGAGAGAACCCUAGGAGUGCUAACCAAGCCAGACCGCAUGUCUGAUGCAGAGUCUUUCAACCAGUGGGUUGAAAUUCUCGACAAAAAGAAAUUUACCCUUGGCCAUGGAUACUUUGUCAUCAAAAAUAACCCCGAUCCGGCCGUCAGCCACGCCCAGGCAAGAAUGGAGGAGGAGAUCUUCUUCGCUGGAUCGCCAUGGAAUGAAGAACUGUCUGCCUAUGGCAACUCAUUCGGCACCGCAAAGCUUCAAACCUCGCUAUCCGAACUGCUACGACAGCAAAUUCUCGGAUGUUUGCCCUCAAUAAUUGAGCAGAUUGACGAGAAAGUUGACGCCAUCGACAUGGAACUGAGUACUCUAACAAACCCUCCAACCGAAGAUGUUCAGCGAAUCCUGUGGGGGAAAACAUCCGACUUUGAGCGCAAAGUUCACGAGUUAUUCGACGGCAACACCAGCGUCAGUCCGAGCGCAAAGAAACCUUUACAAGAGGACUGGAAUCAAGUUGUGAUGGACUUCCAGCUAGCUAUUCUGAAAACACGCCCUGUUCUUGACAUGACCGCUCCCACGGAUGAAGAUGAUCUCGCAGAGGACUCAGACUGCGAGGUUCAGAUGGUCGGUAUCUCUCCAAAGAAGCGCAAACUAUCUGCCGACGUGAAAGUGGAAGAAAAGAAAGCGACUUCGCCAAAGAAAGCCACAUUUAGCACCAAGAUCUUCAAGAAUCGUGAGGAAACUGCCCGUAAUUUCACACUGAAAGGAUUGGCGGAGAUCAAAGUCCGAUCGAACACAGUUGGUGUCCCCAACCAGCUCGAUCCUCGCGCGAUUGAGAACCUGAACAAGAAAAGCGUUGAGCAUUGGGGGAACUUGACCGAGACUUUUAUCAAUGGCUUGCAUAACCUGGUAGAAGAGAAGCUUGGUACCGCUCUCCAGGAGGAAUUCACUGAAUACCAUCAAACGGGGCUUGAACACGAGCAGCCAUUUACAAUGGCUCAAGGAAAUCUCCAACGCCUGACAAAGCAGGCGCUGGAUACUCUGAGGGCGCGGCGGUUCAACGCCCGCGUGAUUUCAUGGCUGAAAGUUCGUGGCUAUGACCUGACAGACUCAAAGCUAGUUGUGGAAAAACAGAAGAAGCUUACGCAGGAGGACCUGGGAGAGGACAGAUACUCCCAAGAAAUUGAAAUGAUGGCCAGCUCACUGGCAUACUACGAAAUCGCACGCUCACGUUUUGUUGAUGUGCUAUGUCAGUCUGCGCAUGCCAAAUUGAUCAAAAAGUGCCGUACACAGCUCGUUAAUGGCAUUCGUGACGAGCUUCAGAUUUUCGGGGACAACGGACGUGAACGUUGUCUAGUAUUGAUGGCCGAGGACGAAGAGCGCCAGCGCCGUCGUGUGUUGCUCUACAAAGAGCGAGAGAAGUUCGCCAAAGCACAAGAAUGGAUUUCGAGCCUCAGAAAUGAGGAUGUGGACAUGAUGAGCCCGAGGAGCGCCUAG